AGAAAUAUUUACAAAUGGGCUGUUCAUUUCCAUUUUGGGUACAUAAGGAAACAAAAGCAAUGUACAUGAUUGGACCAUAUUAAAAGUGUCAAUCAAACAUAAAAAACAUUUUCAGAGAAAAAAUAAAUUGUUGUACAUACACUAAAUAUGAUCUAGUCUACCCAAAAUUUAAACUGUCUGUUUAAUAAAAUUGUUUUGAAAACAAAAAUAAUAUAAAAAUAAAUAAUUAUAACUGCUAGUUGUUGUGAUUAAUCAACUGUUGUACUUGGGAAGUUAUUUUUCUUGUCGAACAUUGUGGAGCCAUUGCUUGCAAAGAGUUGGAUAUUUUUUUAUUGGAUGUGUUUUAGUAACCAAUAGCUCGACGACUAACUAUGUCGAAGUUAUUUAGAAGAAAGACAAGAAAGACAACAAGAAAGUUAAACAUUUUGAAUGCUAUGAUGGAACUACGAUAAGAAAUGUUUUGCCCGCUAGUGACAUAAUAUCUUCCUGGGUUUCAUUUUUUUAUUUUUAAAGAGAUCCGUCUAACGACUGAAAAAACAGUACUUUAAUGGCUAAAAAAGACUUAUUAGAAAAAGAUUUGAGUUGUAUGAUUUAUUUAUUUUAAUCGGUGGGUAAAUAACUGUUGUUUAAGAGGUUUUUAUUUUUUUGCGUUGUUUCCCUUUAAGAUAUUUGCAAAAUUUAUUUGUAAUAUUGUGUAAGAAAUCAUAAGCUUCAAAGUAACAGAUUAUACAUCUUUCGAAAAAUAUUUAAAAUGUUGAAGGUAAAAAAACAUUUGUGAAUAUAUGUUAGAACGUCUUCUCUUUGCUUAUUUAUUAUGAGUGAUAGGUGCUGGUUCUUUUGUUACACCUUGCGUCUCUGUGUAAAUUAUCUCAAACACUUUUUUAAUAAAAAAGUACUUUUGCCUGAGCCUCAAUUUUUGUAAAUUAACUCACAAAUGAGACUAAGAUUAUCUUGGUAUUUUCUUAGCUUCUGUUUGAAUAUACUGGCUAAAACAUGCAUAGAGGAGUGUUCUUUUUUUAAUGUGAUUUUCAGUUGUGGCUGCAUGUAGCAAAAUUCAAGAGAGUUAAAAACAUUCCUAUUCAAGAAAAAAUCAAGGAAAAUUCACUCAUAUUCAAGAAAAAAUCGUAUAUUCAAGGAAAAAUCACUCAUAUUCAAGGAAAAUUGUAGACAUAGAACCUUUACGUAUAAUUUCAAGGUUACGAAAAUCAUUCAAGGUUGUGGAAGUCAUUUAAGGUUGCAAAAAUUAUUCUAGCGUGCGUAAAUCAUCCUUAAAGGUUGCAAAAAUCAUUAAGGCUGCGAAAAUCAUUCAAGGUUACAAGAAUUAUUUAAGGGUGCGUAAAUCAUUCAUGGGAUCGAAAGUUCACUCAAGGUGAUCUAUGGGCUAUACAGGCUUUAUGUCUUCAGCUAAUUGUCUAGAAAUUAGUCUGGGCUGUGUUUUUAUGCACGUAAAGCACACUGCAAUCAACAUGGUGGAAAAUCAAAACAUGACUAAUGGAAAACCUGACUUAGGUCUUAAUUCAUCACAUUUAUGAUUAUGACGUGACUUUCAUCGCAAUAAAUUAUUUCUGCCUUACUUUUUGCAUUAAUUACUUAGGAUCCAGACUCAUUAAACGAUAGGGUCAGCAAAUUUAAAUUUUCUAUCGCGAGAUAUAUUCUAUCCUGGAUAAGUUCAAUCUCUUCACUAUGAACAGACUGGCUUUGUAUAUCAUUUGUAAUCAAAUUAUUGGAACAGGAAGAGCUUGGGGUCAUUUCUACCACAAAGAAUAAAAUUAUAAAUUACAUGCCUAUGGAGCAAAGACGUUCUGCACGUUCUGCAUCGAACAGACCUGAAAGCCUGUUAAAAGAUGCUUGUUAUUGGAGUAACCUAAACAAGGACAAACCAUCCUUAUUAAAGUUGUAUAUGUCAGAUAUUAUUGGAUAUGGUGUGUUCACCAAGGAAGACAUUUGUAAAGGUGAUUUUGUAGUGGAAUACAAAGGUGAGUUGAUUACAGAAGUGGAAGGCUACAAAAGGGAAAAAGAAUACGACAUUCAGAACAGUGGGAGUUACCUUUACUUUUUCAAAAAUGGAAGUAAAGCUUUAUGCAUUGAUGCUACACACAGCAGUUUUCUUGGAAAGUUUGUAAAUGAUUCAUCAGUAGCUGCAAACUGUGCAAUGAAAGUUGUAGAAAUAGAUGGAACGCCUCACCUUUGUUUACAUGCUAAAAGAAAUAUUUCAAAAGGGACAGAAAUUCGUUAUAACUAUGGAGUUUCAAAAUUAUGGUGGAGAGGAAAGAAAGAAUUAAAAACUCCUUGGAACAUGAGCAUGCUGUCCCAAAAACAGGUAUGUAAAAUAGAAAAUCAAGUUGAAGAGGUGUUGCAGAAUCUCGUGAAUGUCGUGGUUGAGCAAGACAAUUUUGACAAGAUAUGUGAAAUAGAAAAUCAAGUUUUGGAGGUUGUGCAGAAUCUCGUGAAUGUCGUGGUUGAGCAAAACAAUAAUGACAAAAUGAAUAUCUUGGGAAUGGUGAAACACUUUGGGGAAGAUAAUGAAAUCAAUUUCGAAAUUGAGGCUAGUGAUAAUCAAAUAUCUGUAAGGGAUUUGAACUUUUCAGACAGUGAUAUUGAAUCAAUUCACGAGAAAUCAAUUACGGAUGAUUCGGGUUUACUGCUGGAGAGUGACCAGAGCGUUUACAAUUCAGAUAUCUCUGAGGUGUUUGAAGCCAUUGCAUUACCGGAUAGCAUACCAAAUCAAAGCACGCCACGCAAUGAUAGAUCAAAACAAAAAUCCAUAAAAAAUCAGAAAAAGAAAGCCAAUCAUCAUCCCAAUAGAACCUGUUUUAUUUGUGGCAAAGUGUUUAGCCGGCUUACGAGGCAUAUCACGAAAUCUCAUAAAGAUGAUGAUGUUGUCAAGAAUGCUUUGCUAAUGCCGAAAAAAGAAAAGGUUAAAUGUUUUCGUAACUUUAAGAAGAUGGGUAUCCAUCAGGAAAAUAUGAAAGAGAUAAACGCUAGGUCUCCAAAGUUUCAAAGGGAGAAAAAAGUACGAAAAUGUAAGGAUCUUGUUAUGUGUUCCCUCUGCAACGGUUUCUAUGCUAAAUCUUUCAUAACAAGACAUAUGAAAGACUGUGGUAACGAUUCUUGUUCCUCCAAAGUUGGUGUUCCAUUGCCUUUACUUGGACAGGAAUUUGAAAAAUUAAAAGCACAAUUCAAAGAAGAUAUCCUGAGUCGUAUGAGAAACGAUCCAAUCGGGAUAACAGCUAAAUCCGAUGAAAUCAUUUUAAUGAUUGGGUCAAGAUUAUAUGAAAAAGUUAAAAGGCGACAAGACAAAAAGCAUGAAAUUCAGAAUACGGUCCGAACUGAUAUGCGACGGUUGUCUCAUCUGUACACGCAUUUCCAAUCAAAAAAUGUAAAUGCUUUUCAUGGCAAUGCAUCAGAUAUGUUCAUCAGAACAAAUUUCGAUGCGUUAAAAGACGCAAUAGAGCUGUACACGGAUUCUAAUGCUGAACAGCAAAAGGCAGGAUUGAAAGCGGCGUUGUACUAUCUUAUAUCUGGUAGUGCUAAGAAAUGUGUGGGACACUUCUUAGCACAGGAUAAAGAUGACGUUGCCAAACAGUUUUCUGAUUUCUUGGUUUUGCUUGCUUUGCGGAAAGAUGAAGUUUUUGCAGACGCGACGUACGACUUGAAUCUUCGGCGUAAUGUAAAAAGCAAAAAACCAGCACAACUCCCAAUCGAACAAGACAUAAAGAUCAUCAGAGAGCAUAUUGUCAGCACGGUUAAGCGGUUUGAAGAGGAUCCCUUUAUAAUCUGGGAUAGCCACACAUUUAUAAAACUUCGAGAUUGUACUUGCACGCGACUCACGUUAUUUAACGGGAGACGUGGAGGUGAACCUGCCCGUCUUUUAUUGCGUGAAUGGCAAGAAGCAGAGGAGGGGACGUGGCUUGAUAGGCAAAGAUUUGAUGUCGUUGAUAAUGAUGGAGAUUUAAAAAUAACCUAUCAAACUGGCAAGGGAGUGAAUCAUCUUGUGCCAGUGCUCAUCCCAAAGGACAUUUUCUUCGCCAUGAGAACGCUAGCUGACAAAGAGAUUAGACGAAAUGUUGGUAUUUCUGAAACCAAUCCUUACUUAUUUCCAAGUACCCAAAAUUCGGAAAGACACUUUUCAGGUUGGCACAGCCUUACAAACGUUUGCGAAUAUCUCCCUAUCAAAGACAAAUCGAGAAUAACAGGUACAACUAAUAGGCAUAGACUCAGCACUCUCAUGGCCGCUAUCGAUUUGACAGAUGCAGAAAGGGAAUUAGUGUAUAAACAUUUUGGACAUAGUCGUGAUAUGAACGAAAACGUAUACCAAGCACCCGCUGCACAUCAACAGUUAAGUUCAACGGGGAAGCAUUUACUAAAUAUUGACACAGGGUCCCUUGAUGUUAGAGAGAAAACAAAAGAUAAAAAGACGGAUCUACCAGUUGCCAGUUUGUCGGUUACGGAAAAGGCAGCAAUGGUCCACUCAGGACCUACAAUUGUCAGCAUGAAUAUCCCUCGCCUACGUAGAGGAAGAAAAGCACAAAGUUGUGAGAGUCGAUCUGGAAGUGAAGUAGCUAAAGAUGUCAUCUUCACAGAUAAUUCCAAGAACGUCAAAAUAACCUCAUCCGUUGAAACGACGGUUACUGAUGGUAAUUAUGCACACAAAAAUGACAAUGAAUCGUGUAAAGGUACCGCCGCUAUUCCAGGGCGAGGCAAUACUAAAUUCAGACUACGUAAGAGGAAAAAAAAACAAAGUUAUGCGGGUCUUUGUGACUAUUCGAGCGGAGAAGAUGUGAUGAAAGGUACUUCCAAAAACAUCAAACUAACGGCCUACUAUACAAACGAUGAGAGUUCUUCAGAUGAGAGUUCUUCAGGUGGAUGUGAUGACGAAUCAUGCGGAAAUGCGGAGAUUUCAGGUAAAAAAUACCAUCAAUGGACAAAUGAAGAUAUAAAAUUUCUUCUGGAUGAAAUGGGGACUUACAUUCGAGAUAAGAACAAAGGAUGGCCCUCUGCCUCUGAUAUGAAAGCAACCGCGACAAGGUUGGGGAUUUCCGUUUACACCUUGAGGACGAAAAUCAACAAUGAAAGAGUCAAGUUGGAUCGCGAGGUUAAAAAAAGGAUGAAGGAUAUGAAGAUGUCCUCUUUCAAAACAAGGCAUUCCCCGCGAAAGAAGGCGAUAUAAAAUCGACAGUUGAUUUUCUUAGGCAACGUUUACAUGAAACCGUGGUGAGAAAAAAAUACCCUGGCUUGUGGUUGCUUAUUCGAAUUUUUAACCAAUACGCAUGCGUAGUGUUAUUCCAAUUUUUCUUACUACGGUUGAGCAUGCAAACAGACACUAAUUCCACCUUGAUCUAGAAUUUCGUACGUGUCUCAUGUAAACGCCGCCUUAUGUUUGGACAAUUUCUGGUGUCUUAUUGACUGAUUACAUUUUUCGUUUUGUAAUGUUUAAGUACAUUUUUUGUUGGAUACCAACACGGUAUAUUUUUCGCUCUUUAUAAAUUCGUCUUAUAAAUAGUGCACAAGGAACGAAAGUAUGACAGAUAUAUUUUGUAUUGUGCAAAUUGAAGAAUAUAAUUUUCUUCACAAAGGUA